AUGCCGAGCCCUGCGCUCACACCGCCCGAAGCAGUCGCACGCUCCUCGCCGCGCUUGAGCUCGGCGGCCGCCUCUCGCCGCCUCGUGCGCGCGUCUCGCGAGCCCGAGUUGUCGCCUUGCCCGGGGCGCGGGCUCGUCACCUGCCCCGCUCGCCGUCCUCGACCCCGGCGCUCUGCGUCGGCGUCCGUCUCGUCGCUGACGAGCGCGACGUCGGUCGGGACGCUGUCGGCGCCGUCCGUGAGCGCGAGGGCGUCGCGCACGAACGACAAGGCCCGGUCGUCCGAGAGCGUCACGACGACGCGCGACGCGUACGCGAUGUCGCGCUGCUCGUCUUCGUCGGCGGGCGCGCCGCCCUUGGCUGCGGCGCUACGCCGAGAGCGGCGCCGGCGACGGCGGGCGGCCGAGGUGAGGUCGCCCUCGACGGCGGCCGGCUUGCGGAUCGAGAGGAAGAAGCUGAGCGCCUCGACCUUGUCGGGUUGCGCGCCCUUGCGCCCGCCCGGGCUCCCGCCAGUGGCGCCGCCGGUCAGGUCGCUCAGGCGCUGCGGCGGUGUCGACGCGCUGCGCCGAGGCUCGAAGCCGGUGCGGAACGUCGCCGGGCUCAGGUUCGAGUCGUCCGACGAGGACGAGGGCGGGAGCAGGACGACGCAUUGGAGGUACGCGACGAACGACUCGUCCGGGUUGGCGGUGCUCGCCGGCGACGAGGGAAAGGGGAAGCCGCCGAAAGGGGCAGGCGGCUGGGCGAUGCCCUUGCACCGCAGCGCGUACUUGAUGUACGACACGGCGCGGCGGAUCGGCUCGUUAGUCGGGUUGAGGAGGGUGAGCUCGACCGGCGGCGGGUACGACGGGUGGGGGAAGGGGAGCGAGUACGACGACGGGGUGGGAGGUGCGGUCGAGGGUGCCGAGGUGAGCGAGUCGGUCGACGUGUUUGAGGCCGUGAGGGUUGGCGAAUGCGGCGAGGUCGGCGAGGACGACAGGCUCGUGCGCCCGAGCGAGGUCGGCGUUUCGGGCGAGCUCGACGCCGCUCGCGCGAGACCCGAUGCGACGACCGGCGGCGCGCAGACCUGCGGCUGCUCGGCGGUCGCUGUCCGGGUCGACGACGUCGAGCGCGAGGUUCGAGAUGGCGCGAUCGUCGUACACGAUGACGCGACCUGCUCGACCAAGCCGUCGAGGCUGUCGCCGACGAUAGUCGCCUCGAGCUUCGGGCCCUCGGAGCGCGCGAAGCUCUGCUCGUCGAGGAAGAGCUCGAGGCGGUGGGCGAGCGGCGCCGGGACGAACGCCGUCGUCUUGAACUCCUUCUUCUCGCGCGGCGGCGCCGGCGCCUGCUGCUGCUGCGACUGCGACGACGGCGACGGCGACGGCGACGACGACGGCCGAGCGGCCCUCGCGGUCGGCCCGCUUGGCCUGGCGCUCGGGGAGCGACCGGCAGAAGCGGUCGAACGCGCGCAUGCGCUUGACGCCGUCGAGGUGGAGGAGCCCGGCGAGGACCUGGCGGAUGGCGGCGUCGGGUACCGUGAGGAGGGCGUCGACGACCUUGUCGGCGAGGCUCUGCAGGCUCGUGUGCCCGAUGCCGAGCGGGUACUUGCUCGGCGUGACGCACCGCAGGACCGUCAGGCCGACGCACCAGGCGUCGACCUCGGGCCCCCAGUAGCGCACCGAGCCGAACUUGUCGCGCAGGCCGCGCCACAGCUCGGGCGAGUGUGCGUCGCGAGGCCAAAGUCGAGGAGCUUGAGGUGCAGGGUCGCAGGCGACGUGGACGAGUCGACGCGGACGAGGAUGUUCUCGGGCUGCAAGAGGGGGCACGAGGCCGUUAGUGCUGCUCGCGAGCCGGCUCUUGACGACACUCGCGAGCUGAUCGAGGAUGCUCCAGGCUUGGUCGGGCGGGAGGACGCCGUCGGGCGACGAGGCGACGAGGUCCUCGAGCGUGACCGACGAGCGCAGGCACUCCUCGACGAGGUACAAGUGGCCCGGCGUGCGGAUCGUCUCGAACACCUUGACGAGGUUGCGGUGUGGUAG